AUGAGUGAAGAGAACCUAAAUUACUGGGCCAAUAUCCUAGACGGCCCAACACUAAGUGUUCUUCCUCGAGAUUAUAACCGGCCUGUAGCCGGCAAAGUGAUAGAAGCCAACAAGACAUUUGACAUUUCAGACAUUCUUCCCUUCUUGAACAAAGCCAACGAGCCAUCUGUCACCCAGUUUACUGCUCCACUGGCUGUGUUUGCCGUCUUGGUCUACAGACUUACCGGUGAUGAUGACAUUGUCAUCUUGACCGAUUCACCAAAGAAACAAAAUCUCCCCUUUGUCGUCAGACUUCAAGUUGAUCCUUCCAAGUCAUUUGUCGAUGUUUCCAAGCAAGUAGGCGAACAAUAUCUUGAGAGCUUGGAGCGUGCAACCCCGCUGAAAGAUAUUGUAACCCAUCUUAAAGAGUCCAAACAAUUGCCAAAUUAUCCCCCCAUUUUCAGGCUAAGUUUCCAAACAGCCAAGAAGGUUCAACAACUGUCAACUCUGGUCGAGGGAUCUACGAGAGACCUGGCUAUUUUUUUGGAGAAUAAUACCAGUAUCAAUAUUUACUACAACUCUCUUUUGUACACCCACAAUCGUAUUGCAUAUUUCAGCCAACAGUUUUCUUCCUUCAUUGACGAAGUUAACAAAGCUCCUGAAACUCCAAUAGGUAAGAUCUCUCUACUAACUGAGCAGCAGUCUAAACUGCUCCCUGAUCCCACUGCAAACCUUGAUUGGUCAGGAUAUAGAGGUGCUAUCCAAGACAUCUUCUCUGAUAACGCGGAGAAAUUUCCCGACAGAACAUGUGUUGUUGAAACUAAGUCAUUUUUGAACCCCAAUUCCCAAACUAGAACUUUCACAUACAAGCAAAUCGACCAAGCUUCCAACAUUGUUGGAAACUACUUGGUGCAUACAGGUAUCAAACGUGGAGACGUAGUCAUGAUUUAUGCCUACCGUGGCGUUGAUCUGAUGGUUGCCGUUAUGGGAGUACUUAAAGCUGGUGCCACGUUUUCUGUUAUUGAUCCCGCUUAUCCUCCGGCCAGACAGAACGUCUAUCUGCAAGUUGCUAAACCUGCUGGUCUAAUUGUCUUGGAAAAAGCUGGCGUUUUGGAUCAGCUGGUUGAGGAUUAUAUCAAGAACGAGCUAAGCUUGGUUUCUCGUAUAUCAAAUUUGAAAAUUGAAGCCGAUGGUAACGUUCUGGGUGGAGACGUGGAUGGAAAGGACGCUUUAUACGACUACCAACAAUUCAAAACUAGAAGAACUGGCGUUUUGGUUGGGCCUGACUCUAAUCCUACAUUAUCGUUUACCUCUGGAUCUGAGGGCAUCCCUAAAGGUGUUCUUGGUCGUCAUUUCUCCUUGGCCUAUUAUUUUCCUUGGAUGUCAAAAACUUUCAACCUUUCAGAGAAUGACAAGUUCACAAUGUUGUCUGGUAUCGCUCAUGACCCCAUUCAAAGAGAUAUGUUUACUCCUUUAUUUUUAGGUGCUCAGCUUUUGAUUCCUACUAGUGAUGACAUUGGUACUCCAGGAAAAUUGGCAGAAUGGAUGCAAACCUAUGGUGCAACAGUGACCCAUUUGACUCCUGCUAUGGGACAGCUGUUGUCUGCCCAGGCAACUAAGGAAAUUCCUUCCCUUCAUCACGCCUUUUUUGUUGGUGAUAUCCUUACCAAGAGAGAUUGUUUGAGACUGCAAACUAUUGCUCAAAACGUGAACAUCAUAAACAUGUACGGAACCACAGAAACGCAACGUGCAGUUUCGUACUUUGAGAUACCUUCAAGAGCCCAAGAUUCCACUUUCUUGGAAGUUCAGAAGGAUAUCAUGCCGGCCGGUAAGGGGAUGCAUAAUGUUCAGUUACUUGUAGUCAACAGACACGAUAGAUCUAAGACUUGCGCAAUAGGUGAAGUUGGUGAGAUCUACGUCCGUGCUGCUGGUUUAGCUGAGCAGUAUAGAGGGCAGCCUGACCUUAACAAAGAAAAGUUUGUCCCCAACUGGUUUGUAUCUCCAUCUAAGUGGGUAGAAGAAGAUAAGAAAAUCUCAAAGGACGAACCUUGGAGGGAAUUCUACUUAGGACCCAGGGAUAGACUCUAUAGAACUGGGGACUUAGGAAGGUAUCUACCUACCGGAGAUUGUGAGGUCAGUGGUAGAGCUGAUGACCAGGUUAAGAUAAGAGGAUUCAGAAUUGAAUUGGGGGAGAUUGACACCCAUAUCUCUAGGCAUCCUUUAAUUCGUCAGAACGUUACUCUUGUUCGUAGGGACAAAGAUGAGGAGCCAAUUCUUAUCUCUUAUGUUGUGCCCAAAGAAACACCCGAACUGGAAAACUUCAAGUCGUCAUCUGACGAUCUGGACGAUUUGAAUGAUCCAAUUGUUAAGAGUUUAUUAUUGUACAGAGAAUUGAUAAAAGACCUAAAAGCACAUUUGAAGAAAACUUUGGCCUCUUAUGCUAUCCCCACCAUUAUUGUCCCAAUGGCAAAGUUGCCUCUGAAUCCUAAUGGUAAGGUUGACAAACCGAAGUUACCCUUUCCAGAUACUGUCCAGCUUGCUGCUGUAGCCCAAAAGUCCUCUGCUGAGGUUGAUGACUCUGAAUUUACCACCACAGAACUACAGAUCAAGGAUCUCUGGUUGCAAGUACUUCCCAAUCCACCUGCCAGUAUUUCGUUAGAAGACUCAUUUUUCGAUCUUGGAGGACACUCAAUUUUGGCUACGAGAAUGAUUUUCGAACUCAGGAGAAAACUUGCAGUCGAUUUGCCAUUGGGUACCAUCUUCAAGCACCCCACUGUUAAGCUUUUCGCAGCAGAGGUUGAUCGUGUCAAGAAUGGUGACGAAGUUCAGUUUGCGGACAACAAGCAGGAGAGUACUUCUGCUGGAUCUGACGAACAAGUUGUUGACUACUUUCAAGAUGCAAAGGACUUGGUUUCAAGUCAAUUGCUAGACUCCUAUAAAUCUAGAUUGGCUCUUUCAAAUGCUGAGCUGAUCAACAUUUUCUUAACUGGUGCUACUGGAUUUUUGGGCUCUUACAUUCUGAAAGAUCUCUUGGAGAGAGACUUGGAUGUCCAGGUCUAUGCCCACGUUAGAGCUAAAGACGAAGAGUCUGGGCUUGAAAGAUUGCGCAACACCGGUAAGGUUUACGGAAUUUGGAAUGAAGAAUGGACUAGCCGUAUUAAGGUUGUCAUUGCUGAUCUCAGUAAAGAUAAGUUAGGUCUAUCAGGUGAAAAGUAUGCUGAGCUAGCUAACACUAUUGACUUGAUCAUACACAACGGUGCUCUGGUUCACUGGGUCUAUCCAUAUUCCAAGUUACGUGAUGCUAAUGUCAUUUCUACAAUCAAUGUGUUGAACUUGGCAGCUUCUGGUAAACCCAAACAGUUUGGAUUUGUUUCAUCUACUUCAACUUUAGACACUGAACACUAUAUCACUCUUUCAGACACGUUAACAGAACAAGGUGAGGAUGGUAUUCCAGAAUCUGAUGAUUUGCUUGGAUCUUCCAAGGGUCUUGGAACUGGAUAUGGACAAUCUAAGUGGGCAGCUGAAUACAUAAUUCGCCGUGCCUUCGAGAGAGGUUUAAGAGGUGCCAUUAUUCGUCCAGGGUAUGUUACGGGCCACUCUAGGACUGGUGCUUGUAACACAGAUGACUUCUUGUUACGUAUGUUGAAAGGAUGUGCCGAACUUGGAAAGUUACCCAACAUUUCUAACACGGUUAACAUGGUCCCAGUUGAUCACGUUGCUUUAGUUGUUACUGCAUCUUCUCUUCACCCUACUGCAGAAGAAGGUCAUUGUGUGGUACAGGUGACAGGGCAUCCAAGAAUCCGCUUCAACGAGUUUUUGAACGCUUUGAAUGACUAUGGUUAUGAAGUAAAGUUAACUGAUUAUGUUGAGUGGAAACGUGACUUGGAAAGAUUUGUUGUGGAUCAAUCCAAGGACAGUGCAUUGUAUCCAUUGCUCCAUUUCGUGUUGGACAAUCUUCCACAAGACACUAAAGCUCCGGAACUAGAUGACAAAAAUGCAAAAGAUAUUCUUAGCGGAGACACCAGAUGGACAGGAUACGAUGGUUCCAAGGGUAGAGGGGUAGAUUCUGCCCAAACAGGUAUCUACAUUGCCUACUUAAUAAAGACAGGUUUCCUUCCCCCUCCGUCUAAGGAAGGCAAGAAACCGUUACCAGAAAUUGAGAUUUCCGAAGAAUCCUUGAAAUUGAUUAAGGAAGGCGCCGGAGCUCGUACCAGUGCUGCCUAG